AUGAGUUGGGUAGUUGCCAUUGCGGUGGUGUUCGUGGUUGUUUUGAAAGUGUUGGAGUACUCGACUUCGUACCAUGAUCUAGUGUUGCAGUCGCUGUUCUUCAAGAACAGCCCUAUCUCUGUGAAGUUUGAGACGCUGGUAAAGGAGCGUCGCUCCAUACAGGAGGAGAACAAGUCCAUUUCUGCGCAGGAUAACUACGCAAAGUGGACUAAGAACAACAGGAAAUUGGAUAAACUGGACAAAGAGAUAACGGAACUAGGUGCUCAACUGAAAGCUCAUAAUGAACAAAUAAAGGGCCACCUGAAAAAGGUCAAGCUGCUUUUGCUCACAGUGCCAUUCCUAUGUUUCAAAUUGUGGAAGGGUAAGCAUAUAGUUUACAACCUACCUCACCAUCAAAUGUUCCCUCAAUUAGUCGCUGGUGUUUGGAGUCAAGGAUGGCUGUAUUUGGCAAUUCUGCCAUUGCAGUUAGCUAAAUCAAUUGUCACAGGAUCUUCCUUUGCCAUCGAGACCGCUAGCUUCCCACACAUGGGUGUCUCAUUAGGAAUAUGGCUUUGGGCUUUGAAUAGUGUCAUUAGUAACAUAGAAUUCAUGACUAUGCAAUUGUGGGCCAAGCCUGUUAGUAAGCCUUCCAAAAAAUUGGAAAUAGUUACUGAUGAAAUAAAAGUUGAUUGA